UAAGAGGUGCUCUUCACCUAUCACCUCAGGCAUCUACCCCUCCAGGACCCCAGCCCAUCCAGUCUCCCCAAACCUCCCUUCUGACUCCAACCGAGGAGGCUCUCCCUCCCCCCCUUCCCCCUCCCUUGCCUCGCUCUCUAGUCCACUGGGGACGGCUGAAAACUCAAAGACUCCACGUACUGCCUCUCCCUAAAACCCUUCCCUGGCUCCUCUGUGGCCCAGGACAAAGCCCACACCUCUCAAGUCAGGCCCCCCAGGGGCCCCACCGAGGGCUAAAGUGCUGACAGAGGAGCUGCUCCCCAACUCCAAGGGCAAGUUCUCACCAAGUGCGCCUCGCCCCUGCAACGCUUAACCUGCGACGCUUCAGAUGAGGAGGCUUACCUGGGCUGCGUACACGAAGCUGGGCACACGCCGGGCUGUGAAGUAGGGAGACUGACUCCAAGUUUUCUGCGCUGAUGGGGUCAUGGACUGUCGUAGGGAGAGAUGGCAUUUAUCCAACAAGCCUUUGCUGAGCACCCACAGAGCGUCACACCCAGAGUACCCCGAUAGCUGUGGGAGGCACUUCUGAUCCCAGCCACCAGGUUGUUAUUAUAGACUUCAUUUAACCAUCUGUCUUUGGUACCCAGUGCUCAACUCUUAAAACGUGAGUGGUUCAGGGAGCCAAUCAGAGGCCAGGCUUUGGAGGUGGAGGAGGUGAGAACCUCACACCUGUGCUCUGUCUGAUAAGCCCAGGCCUGGGUGCGGGGACCUUGGCCUAAAGAGGCUCUAUUGACUGGGGCAUGGGAAGGGGCUGAGCACACACAGCUGGCCUGGCCAUGGGCCCAGAACUUUAGCUCAAGGACAAGAAGUCCUAUAAAGCCAGGUCCAGCUGUCGACCUCACACCUGCGACAAUGCUGCCACUCAGCCUGACCCUUAGCCUGGUCUUCCUCGGCUCCUCCUGGGGCUGCGGCGUUCCUGCCAUCAAACCGGCACUGAGCUUCAGCCAGAGGAUUGUCAAUGGGGAGAACGCAGUGCCAGGCUCCUGGCCCUGGCAGGUGUCCCUGCAGGACAGCAGCGGCUUCCACUUCUGCGGUGGUUCUCUCAUCAGCCAGUCCUGGGUGGUCACCGCUGCCCACUGCAAUGUCAGCCCUGGCCGCCACUUUGUCGUCCUUGGCGAGUACGACCAAUCCUCUAGUGCUGAGACUGUGCAGGUUCUGUCCAUCUCGAGGGCCAUCACGCACCCCAGCUGGAACCCCUCCACGAUGAACAAUGACCUGACGCUACUGAAGCUCGCCUCGCCAGCCAAGUACACAACACGCAUCUCACCAGUCUGCCUGGCGUCCUCAAAUGAGGUGCUGACCGCAGGCCUCACUUGUGUCACCACCGGCUGGGGCCGCCUCAGUGGCGUGGGCAACGUGACACCAGCACGUCUGCAGCAGGUGGCUCUGCCCCUGGUCACCGUGAAUCAAUGCCAGCAGUACUGGGGCUCACGUAUCACGGACUCCAUGAUCUGUGCAGGGGGCUCAGGUGCCUCCUCGUGCCAGGGUGACUCCGGAGGCCCACUUGUCUGCCAGAAGGAAAACACGUGGGUGCUUAUUGGAGUUGUGUCCUGGGGCAGCAGCAACUGCAAUGUGCGUACACCUGCCAUGUACACUCGGGUCAGCAAGUUCAACACAUGGAUCAACACGGUCAUAGCCUCCAACUGAGCCCACCACAGCCCUCCUCCCCAUCCCAAUCUGAUAAAGACCCUAGGCUGUGUCCUCUCGUGUAUCCUUGUCUGUGCUGCUGGCUCAGGGGAAAGGACAGGCUCUUGAGGGUCCUACUCCGCACUCGGGCUUUGUCUUCUGGCAUGGAAGGGGCUGAGGAGUCAGGCUCGUCCUAGAACAGCCCAGGCUGCGGCCCCCACCCCUCCUCCUCUGGGGCAGCCCCGUGGUCCUACAGCACGAAGCCAGGGCUGUCAGAACGAAUAGGCACCUUCCCCGUGGAGGAGGCAGCCUGUUUAUUGAAUACAAAGGAUACAUUUACAAACUGAGUACACAAAAUAAAUAACUGCACAUUCUCCGUCCA